AUGGGCUAUCUACCACCAUCACCUAUGCCACUUUUGCACUGGAAUGGUGCCAGUACUAAUACCAAAUUCCUCACAAUUGCCAAACCAUCUAUCUGUUUCUAUCUAUCUAUCUCAGCUAAGUCAUAUCUAUCUAUCUAUCUAUCUAUCUAUCUAUCUAUCUAUCUAUCUAUCCCAGAAAGGGAUAUAUUUGUGUAUGCAUAUUCAUUACAUCACUAUCUAUCUAUCUAUCUAUCUAUCUAUCUAUCUAUCUCAGUUUAUUCACAUCCAUCUCAGUUGACUUAUAUCUGUCUAUUGCUCUCAGUUCUUUCAUUUUGUCAGUUAGGUAUCUAUCAGUCUGCCUUUUAUCUAUCCCUGUUUGUUCUGUCCAAUGACUUUUCUUGGCUUCUUUCAUCCAAUUCAUUUUCUCAUCAGUCAAAUCACUGGCAUAAAUCUAUCCACCUGCAGUCACUCUACUUUUCUGGAGGCUAA